AUAGUCUUUGAUCUAUGUAAUUUUGUGAAACAUAAGAGAGGUUAAAUACGGCUUACGGUCGCAUGGAAAUAUAGUUUCCAAUUUAACAAUCUUAUUUAGUUUUCUACUUUAGUUGGUAUAAUGGCCGACGAAGAAUUAAAAACGGUUGAAGUGCUUGAAAAUGGUGAGGAAGAGGAACUAGAUGCAGUAGAGGAAGGCGAAACUAAAGAUCCCGCUAAGAAGAAGAAAAAGAAAAAGAAGAAGAAGAAGAAGACAGAAAAUGAAGCCGCAGCUGACAAUGUGUCCACUGAGGUUGCAAAUGCUUCAGAAAAGAUUGAAGCUUUGACCGUUGAUGAUGCACCUGCUAAAGGUGAUGGAAAAAAGAAAAAGAACAAAAAUAAAUCUGGCAAAGGUCCAAAUAAGGAGCAGACAAAUCCACCAACUAUACCUAUUGCGGAAUUGUACCCUGAUGGGAACUUCCCUGAGGGUGAGAUAACAGAGCAUGGUCCAGCUGAGGGCAUUGAUGAAAGAACUGCUAAGGAACGAUUCUCCAGUGAGGAGAAGCGAGCUCUUGACAGACUGCACCAAGACAUCUACCAGGAGAUCAGACAUGCUGCAGAAGCACAUAGACAAACACGAAAAUACAUGCGCGAUUGGAUCAAACCAGGCAUGACCAUGAUUCAAAUCUGUGAAGAACUAGAAUCUACAGCAAGACGUCUAAUUGGUGAAGAUGGAUUGAAAGCUGGACUUGCUUUCCCAACUGGUUGCAGCCGUAAUCACUGUGCGGCCCAUUACACCCCCAACACUGGAGACACAACUGUCCUAGAGUAUGAUGAUGUCGUAAAAAUCGACUUUGGUACUCACAUCAAUGGGCGCAUCAUUGAUUGUGCAUUCACUCUCAGCUUCAAUCCGCGUUACGAUCCAUUGGUGAAGGGUGUACAGGAAGCAACUGAGGCAGGCAUUAAAGCUUCAGGAGUUGAUGUCAGGCUGUGUGAUGUUGGAGCUGCUGUUCAAGAGGUUAUGGAAUCACAUGAAGUAGAACUUGAUGGCCAAGUAUACCAAGUGAAACCUAUACGUAACUUGAAUGGACACUCCAUUGGACCAUACAGGAUCCACGCUGGUAAGACAGUACCUAUUGUUAAGGGUGGUGAAACUACACGCAUGGAAGAAAAUGAGUUUUAUGCUAUUGAAACAUUUGGCUCUACUGGACGUGGCCAAGUUCAUGAUGAUAUGGACUGCUCUCAUUACAUGAAGAACUUUGAUCAACAGUUUGUUCCAUUGAGGCUGCAAUCGUCAAAACAGCUCUUGAACUUGAUCAACAAAAAUUUCGGAACUCUGGCAUUCUGUAAACGAUGGCUAGAACGCGCAGGCGCGUCUCGUUAUGCUAUGGCGCUUAAGGACUUAUGUGACAAAGGCGUAGUAGAUGCAUACCCUCCUCUUUGUGACAUCAAAGGGUGCUACACGGCUCAGUUUGAGCACACCAUCCUUUUAAGACCCACUUGCAAAGAAAUUAUAUCACGCGGAGAUGAUUACUAGCGAUAGCUGAAGUUGCUUAGGUUGAUGUUGCAGCCAGCUUAUUCCUUCUCAGAUACCUAUUUCAAUAACUCAGUCAACUGAGAUUUAUCAGUUUAACAUUGCGAGUGUUGUUGAUUUGUAUGGUUUAUGUUAAGAUAGUUACUGACCAACAUUAUUAACUACAUUUAGAAUCAUAUUUUUUAAGAACAAGCAUCGCGUUCGUUUCAACAUAAGUCGUGUUGUCAAUGACAUUUUGUUGCUUUUUAGUAUAAGUUGUCGUUUUUGGAGCGUAUUGUUCGUCCUCGAA